AUGGUCAUCAACAGUGCCAUCGGUCAUCAACACGAAAGCAAAAAAUGCACGUCAGCUUCAUGCUGUUCGAUUCACAAGAUCUGGAAAGCAAUUCAAAACAUCGUCGCUACGGGCGAUAAACAAGCCUGGAAACAACUCUCACAGGAUCCCGACCGCAUUGCACAUGUCAAGCAUGCGCUCUUAUCUUCACGGGCUCACAAUGAUGCCGGCAUGUAUCCUGCUUCACACAAGCACAAGGUGUUGCAAUUUGACAAGCAGCUUCGAACUGAGGCCAUUCGCCAUUUUGGCAAAGCUGUGACGGAUCUCAAUGCCCUUCAAGUGGCACUUUUUCAUCGCAACGAGGCUAUGGCCUGUAGCAUUGUUGCCUUUUUGCGCCAACAUGCCGAGCCCAGUGAGUUGCACUCUUUCCUCAAUCAUGUUUGGGGUGAGCGUAACACAUCAUUGCAUCUCGCUUGCUUUUAUGGAAUGCCACGAUUGGUGCGUAUGCUAUUGGACAUUGGUGUUAGCCCUGAUACGGUGAAUGCUCGUCAACUCAAGCCUGCCGAUUGUUGCAAGCAUCCAGGUUGCUUGGCUUCACUUGAGCUCAAGUCAACCACUUCACCACCACCAGCACGACGUCAAUCACUCAAGGCUACCACCAUUACGCAGCCUACAACAACAACAACAACACUUCAACGUCGAGCAUCAUUGCCAACAUUGAAAGAUGGUAUCAAGCGCUCUAAUGCAACAACAACAACAACAUCUCGUCAAAUCAAGAGUGCUCCACCAUCGCCAACAUCACCUGUUACUCGUCGACCUGUGUGGGCAACAACAACAACAAAGACAAACAGCAAUGUCAUGUCUACGCAGCAACAACAACAACAACGUCGUGUGGUGUCGAGUACAGCCAUCAAGCCAUCAACGGGUGUUGUUGCACGCAUCAAAAAAUCGGCUGCCAAUGACAACAAGCCUGCCGAUCCUCUCAAGCAGAAAUCAGCAGCAACACCUGUUAUCGUUCAACCCAAGGAGAAGGAGAAACCCACACCUACUCAAUCUCCAACAACACCUGUUGCCAAGCCUGAUGCAGCUUCUUUUACGAUGAUCAAGCCAUCGUCACCAUCACCAUGUUUGGAUGUCAUGGCAACGACCACUUUGCCUGAGACCAAUUCGAUCAAGAAGCCUUGUUUGGAUUCUAUCAAGGAAGAUCAUCAAGCAUCAGGCAUCGCUCAAGAUGAAUCAUCACCACCAUCACCACCAGCGGCAGCAUCUACAAGUUCAUCACCAUGGCAACCACGAUCAUCAUGUACCGGUGAUACUACUACAAGUCAUAUGGGACAUGAUCCACUGCCAAGGAUGAUGGUAAUGGAAACAAUACCAACAACAGUCCAAUCAUCAUCACCACUACCACCAGGAAUCCACGCGUCUUUUGAUCAUGAUCCGACGUGGCUUCUACCGGCUGCAACCUUGUAUUUGCAAGUUGCCAUUGCGUGUUUCAAUCAAAGGUUGGAUCCGAAAUAUCAUCAUGACUUGAUGCGAACAUGUCGUCAUUCUGCCAACAGGACCACUACGACGGCAAUGGACGUACACGGAGGACUGCCCAUGAUGGCUGUUCUCUAA